CUUUUUACAUAAGGGUAGAGGGAACAGGCCAUGUGAAGCAGCACCACUAACCGAUGGAGAGCUUGAAGUCAUGUGGCAGAAAGGUGUCCUUGGAUCUCACAGCCCAACAGCGCUGGUGAACACUCUUUGGCUCAACAACUGUCUGCACUUUGGCCUAAGAGGCACUAAAGAGCAGUACAAUCUGAGAUGGGGUGACAUUACAUUGAAAGCUGCUGUUGAUGGAACAGAAUAUUUGGACUAUAACGAACGGCAGACAAAAACCAGAACGGGUGAAAAUGUGGCAGAUGUGCGAAGAGUGACACCUAAGAUGUUUUCAACUGGAAAAAAUGAUUUGAGAAACCCUGUUGAAAUUUAUAAACUGUAUUCGCAGAAGCGGCCCACUGGUUUUUCGGGACCCGAAGACCCUUUCUUUUUGGCACCGAACACAGUUUUUGGAAAAGAUGCUUCCGGGACUAGUGGUGAGGGAGAGGUUACUUGGUUUAUCAGACAAAGGGUUGGGAUGAACAAAAUGGGAAAAAUGUUGAAAACAAUGGCAAAUGAUGCUGGAUUACAAGGGAACAAACGAUUAACAAACCACUCUACCCGGAAACAUCUAGUUCAAAAACUGAGGGAGCACAAUGUCCCACCAACGGAUAUUAUGGCAAUAACUGGGCAUAAAAAUGUGCAGUCGAUUAUUAAUUAUUCUUGUGUCAGUGAAGAGCAACAAAAAAAAUGCUCAAACAUACUUGCCUGUCACACUCCACGUGCAAAUAACAUCAGCAGCUCUACCGCCUCUACAUCUCGUAUAGCCCAUACUGCUACCUCUACCACAGACAGUUUUGAUUCCUUCCCUCAAACGUCCAACUGCCCCGAGAUGCAAAAUUUCAAUACACCCCACAACCCGAUCAGCUUCCAACAGCAAUUUGCUAGCUCGCUUCAAUCACAAUUUUCCGGAGCAACAUUUCACAUUGCCAACUUCCAUGUUCACAACUACUUUACUCGCAACGAACACGACAAUACACAUAAAUAAAUCCACAAUGAACGAAACAGUGCCAAGCAUCACAUUUGUAUUCAUCUUGAUUCCUCCACUUUUUUGAAAAUGUGACCAGUAAAGGUCAUGACCGCAUAUGUUACACGCGUGUUGCGCAUUGCUCUAUAAUUAGAAAUGUUCAAUAUCACUACGCAUAUGUAUUACUAGUAUAUUUCAUUUUUGUUAAUUUUGAAGUGUUUUGUUAUAGCAAGUGUUUUUGUUAAAGGUAUUGAAUUAUUUGAAAUAUUCGUAAACAAUAAAUAUUGUUGAUAUUUCCAUUAUCGUUUAUUUCUUUACAUAAUUCUCGAACUAUUUUUUUGAAUUUUACAGGUGUUAGCAGUUCAUAACAAACAAAAACAAACAAUCGUUCGCUGUGUUUCAUUGUUUUUGAAGUUUCCAAACAUGCCACGUUUGUUUAUUAUCUAUCUUGUUUAGUAAAACUUCGAUGGGAUAAAUAGAAUACUAGGAUUAGCGUUGAAUACAGAGAAGUUUAUGUUGCUCGGCUCGAACACCGA